GUGACUGACACAGCUGACUGGGACUCCGGCGGUACUCCAUCCACACAGCGUCAUGAUUCCCAGCCGGGAUGGAAUUAUUAUUAUAGAGUCCAGUACCGACACCGGCACCGGCAGGGACUGAACUCCCGACACCCCAAUCUCUCUAUGUCCUCUCGACAUGGAAAAUACGAACAACACCACACAGGUGGAUCGUCCCGUCCGGAAUGGUGGAAACGCGACCGUGCUGGUCGAAGUGCCUCUAAGUUACCAGAUUGUCACCUCCCUGUUCCUCGCAGCGCUCAUCCUCUGUGCCAUCUUCGGGAAUACGUGCGUGGUGGCUGCCAUCGCCCUGGAGAGGUCCCUACAGAAUGUGGCCAACUACCUGAUCGGAUCCCUGGCCGUGACGGACCUCAUGGUUUCCGUGCUGGUGUUGCCCAUGGCAGCCCUUUACCAGGUCUUAAACAAGUGGACCCUCGGACAGGUAACUUGUGACAUUUUCAUUUCUUUGGACGUGUUGUGUUGCACUUCUUCCAUCCUGCACCUGUGCGCGAUCGCGCUGGACAGGUACUGGGCGAUCACCGACCCCAUAGACUAUGUGAACAAGAGGACUCCCAGAAGAGCCGCCAUCCUCAUCAGCCUUACUUGGAUAAUUGGCUUCUCCAUAUCCAUCCCACCGAUGCUGGGGUGGAGGAAACCGGAGGACAGAGCGAACCCCGACGCGUGCACCAUAAGCCAAGACCCCGGCUACACCAUCUACUCCACCUUCGGCGCUUUCUACAUCCCGCUCUUUCUCAUGCUGGUUCUCUAUGGCAAGAUAUUUAAAGCUGCCAGGUUUCGCAUCCGAAAGACGGUUCGCAAAACGGAGAGGAAGAAAGUGUCGGACAGGUGCUUGGUGGUGUCCCCGGCCGCCCUCCACAAGAAGUCCAACGGGGAGGCGGGCAAGAACUGGAAGCGCAGCGUGGAGCCCAAGCCGAGCGCGUGCGCCAAUGGCGCGGUGCGGCACGCGGACGCCGACGCGGACGGCGAGUCGCUCGAGAUCAUCGAGGUGCACAACUCGAGCGUCAACUCCAAGCAUCAUCUGCCGCUGCCCAACACCCCCCGCUCGGCCCCCUGCUUCGAGACUAGGAGCGAGAAGAGUGCGGAGGCGAAGAAGAAAAUGGCCCUGGCGCGAGAGCGCAAGACAGUCAAGACCCUGGGCAUCAUUAUGGGCACCUUCAUCCUCUGCUGGCUGCCCUUCUUCAUAGUGGCCCUGGUGUUGCCUUUCUGCCGGGAGAGGUGCUACAUGCCGCAGUGGCUCGGGGAUGUCAUCAACUGGCUCGGCUACUCCAAUUCCCUCCUGAACCCCAUCAUAUACGCCUACUUCAACAAGGACUUCCAAAGUGCUUUCAAGAAAAUCGUCAAAUGCAAAUUUUAUAGACCCUGAAACUUUUUCUCGAUGGAGAAAAAAAAAAAAAAAAAAAAAUUACAUACAUGUUGGUGAAGAAGCGUUGAUUUUGCACCUGAUGACUUUUUUGCACCCCUCGACGUGCGCCCAUGCAGAAGGAGGGGAGGGAGCGGGGGUCUUCUUGACUCGAGCCUCCAGAGACUCUGUUUCUGUUCAUUUUUGGGAAAAUAAUAAUAAUAAUAAUAAUAAUAAUAAUAAUCUUCUGUAAAAGGACAGGUUGGCUGUCCGCGCAGGUAACACAAAAGACAUGGGAGAGGAGAACGUGCAUCGCGCUAUUUCAUGUAUCUCGUGUUCUGCAUUUGCAACGUAUCGUUGUAUUUCCACGCAAAAAAAAAAAAUCUCAUCGAGCCGUGUGCCGCAUAUUCCACGUGUAGUAAUUUGUUCGGGACAGUUUUU